AUGGAAAUAGCCCUCUACCACUCAGAUCAUGGAUACUAUUCGCGCCCGGAGGAGCUCACUGUGACUCGCGAGGGAGAUUUCAUGACCAGCGUCAGCGUUGGUCCCUGCUUUGGCCUCAUUCUAGCCUAUCGUCUCCGUGCUUUGUGGGAAGAAGAAGGCCAGCCCGAGAACUUUACCAUCCUAGAACUCGGUGCUCACGAUGGUUCGUUGGCCAGUGACAUCCUCACAACGUCGGCUUCCUUAGGAUCAGAUUUUGAAAAAUCUAUCCACUAUCACAUCGCCGAACCUCUAGAAACUCGCCGCCUUUUUCUUCAAAAAAAUCUCCUUCCUCGAUAUCCAGAGAAAAUCACCCUGCAUACUAAACUCCCCAAAAAUCACCCCCACUUCGUCACCGUCAUUGCCAACGAAGUUCUCGAUGCCCUUCCCGUUUCCCUACUUCAUUUUCAUGAUAAAAAAUGGCACGAACUCCAAGUCACGCACGAUGGUUCGCAAUUCCACUUCACCGAAUCUCCCGAUCUCUCGCCUGAGCUCAUCAACUACACCCAAAGCCUCGGCCACGACUUCCCAGAUUACUAUGUCACCGAAGCUCCAGCCGACUUCGCUCACCUCCUCCAACCCAUUGAUGACUUUGUGCAAAAUGGACGCCUCCUCUUUUUCGAUUACGGAUUUGACCAAGAAACUCUCACUCUACCCACGCGUAAAGACGGCACCCUACGUGCCUACUGCCAGCACCGUAAAAACCACCACCCGCUCGAGCGACCCGGCCUGCAAGACCUCACUGCUCACGUCAACUUCACUGCCUUUAUUGAAGCCGCUCAUUCAUGGAAACUCUGUGAACUCACCCACCAAGGACGUUAUCUCACCCACGCCGCCAAACCUUGGCUUCUGAGUUCACCGAGUGACCCAAACCUCAUUCGACAAUUCCAAACACUCACACACCCCAACCACUUCGGCACCACUUUCCACGCCAUCGAAAUGAAAACACACACAAGGGAAACCUAA